AUGAUUCAGGAUGUAUGGAGUGAGGAUGUGAACAUGAAGUUGACAGUGGUGAACGUCAUGCAGCAGAUCGGUUCUUCGUUUGGUGCUUCAUUUGCACCGUUCGUCGCGGAUUUGUGUCCGUAUCUGUUGAAGGUGUUCUAUUCGGAUCGAUCCACGGAUAGAGCGCUCACUUGUGCGGCGUUCGGUUGUGUGGAAUCAAUCUCGAUGUGUUUAGCACCGUACGUUCACCUGAUACUGCCCCCUAUAUUGGCGAUUAUAGACGAUGGGAGUGUGAAGGUGAAUGUGAGACAAUAUGCACUGGACACGGUGUAUAACAUGGGCACAACGAUCUGUCUGAACGAGCAUGCACCGCGCAUCAUGCAGGUCUGGCUGAGGAACAUCUCGAUUGCUGCACUGCAACAAAAGCUCUUGCAUUUGUUGGUGCUUAUUGUUAAACAGAUGUGGAAACAGUUCAUGGUGUUUCGAGCAAGUGUUGAUCACGCUUUGAUACGCAACAAUCUUCAUUGUGAUGAAUACUUUGUGUUGAUGAGUAAGUUGGACGAAGGCAGCGCUGCGUCUCCAGAGAAACCGGCUGCGUUCGGAAUAUCCGCAACGAAAGCGACAAAUCAAUCGACAUUAUCAAGACUAGAGAAAGGACAACGCAUCAAUGUGGAUGUUUUGAAGAAAACAUGGACUGUUGUGCAGCUGGUUUCGAAAGAGGAUUGGGAUCAGUGGCUGUUGUUGUUGCGAUUGCAGUUCAUCAGACAGAGUCCUUCAGCUGCAUUACGUGCUUGUGCACCACUCGCUGAUAUGCAUCAACCUUUGGCUAAGUCGGUGGCAGUUCCGUGUUUUAAAUUUGAUUUGAUUUGA